AUGAAAAGAUAUACCUUUUUGCAUAAAUUAAAGGAAAUGAAUUUUUUUAGAGUUUUAAAAAAUUGUUUUAUGCUUGUUUUCUUCAUGUUAUACCGACUUUUUAGUUUAAAAUAUCCAACAAAAAAAAACUUCAUCAUUUUUGGGUUGCCAUCAUCGGGGAAAACGUCCAUAUUAUAUUUCUUCAAGCUGGGGUAUCUCAUAACAACGGUAAGAACACUUUUCAUCAACGAAGAAAGUUUUUAUUUAAAAAUAAAAACAGACAAAAACAACUCGGAUGAAAGGAAUUACGAAAUAACUUUUUUUGAAAUAGGAACAGAUUGCCCAUAUAGAUUAAUAAAAGAAUAUGCAGACAUUUCAAAUGAUGUUAUUUAUAUAGUUGACAGUGCGCACAAAAGUGCCUUAAGCGAAGCAAGAGAAGAAUUCAUAAGAAUAAUAUAUGACUUUCGAUUUAUAUAUAGAAAAUGUAAAUUUUUAAUAUUUAUGAACAAACAAGAUUCUAAUGGAUGCCUAAAGUCAGAAGAAAUUAUAAAUUACUUCGCUCUACCAAAAGAAUUGCUCUAUAGAUGUAAAUUCUUUUCUUGUAGUACCUUAUCAGGUCAGGGGUUAAAAGAGGGUUUAGAAUGGCUUGUAAAUACAAAUGUUUUUCCGGAUAAAAAUGAUGAUGCUAUUGAAAUGCGUGAAAGAAGAUUAUACCACUAA